AUGAAUAAAAUAAGCAGAGCAUUUUCAAGCCACUAUCCAUAUCAUAUAAUUACAAAAUCCGAAGCCCAAAAAUUACUUGAUUUUCCUUUGCAAUUUUAUUCUGAAAAAUACCCAAAAGAAAGCAAAGAGACUAGAAAGAGUUACAAUCAUCACUGAAAAAAAGAACUAGAAGGUAUAGCCUACAGCUGUGGAAUGUUUUUAUCGCUUUUAGCAAAAGAGAAUUUAAAAGAGCUAGAAGACCUUCUUGAGUGAAACAUGUUUAAAACUCUUGAAAAAUCGAUUAAAAUUUAUAAAGAUUCAGGAUAUACAAUAUCCUCAAUUGGUAGCGCAGAAAAUCCGAAGGUCGAAGUCCUUGACGUCAAUACGUACGAAGGCUGUUUACUUCCCUAUAGAAAUCUUAACCUAGAAAGCAGCAAAUAUAAGACUCAGUCCUAUUUGGAUAAAGAGCCAUAUCCUUCAUACCACAGAUACAAACUUAAAACGGAAGAUAGUAUCACCGAUAUCAUCCCUGAGUUUUAUGAGUUUGAAUCUUUAAACUUGAAAGAGAUAUGUACUUCUGGUAAUGCAGAAAUAUAUAAAGAACAGAUAGACGAGUUAAGAUGAUAUCUGGAUAAGUGCCAUAUAAAGAUAUGGGUUAUUGAUAUUGGAUAUAUCAGCACUUUUAAGCUUCUUGUGAAAAAUAAAGAAGGGGAUAUAGUAGAAGGCACAAAUGAUGAAAAUAAGCUAGAGUUUCAUUCAUUUAGAAUGGAGAUGUCAGUAUAUGAAGAAGGCCUUGUUAAUUGUAUGUUCGAUCCCCAAGGCAGACUAAAAAGAUUUCUUAAAGCCAAUCAAGGGUUGUUAGAUCAAUACACUAUAAGUGAUGUUGAUGGCUUUAUGAAUGGAAACCCAUUCACUACUUAA